AUGGUGUGGGUUCGUUUUCCAGGUUUGGGUCUGGAAUUUUGGAGUGAGAAAAUAUUGUUCAAUAUCUAUCAAGAAAUUGGGACUUCAAUCAAAAUUGAUAAUGCUACUGCAAAUUGUGAAGUUGGUUAUUAUGCUAAUGUAUUGGUGGAAAUUGAUUUUGCUCAAUAUAUUCCUAGUAAAGUAUGGAUUGGAACUAAAUAUGGGGGUUUCUUUCAGGAUGUCCUGAUUCCAGAUUGUCCAAAGUUCUGCUCUCAUUGUAAAAUUGUAGGACAUUUAAACUCUGAGUGUAAUUUUGAGAAGCAAAGAAGGUUUGAUACUCAAAAUGUUAAUCAGGUUCAGACUCCAAAUGUUAAUCAGCCAGUAAGUGUUAGUAAUACAGGUGAAACAAAUGGGGUUCAACAAGUUAAAUUCAGUCCUUUAAAGAAUGUGGAAAAUGGUUGUAUUCCAGAAGCAAUAAUACAGGAAGUUCCUAAAGUAGUAGAGGUUGUGCAGAAUGAAGAUGUGAAUAUUAUCAAAUUUGUGGAUGGAACAAAUGGAACAAUUGUUAAUGUGCCAGUGCAAAUUACUUCUUGGGCCAAUGUAUUAGAGAAGAAAAUGGUUACUUCUAAUGCUAGUGCAUCUACUGCUGCCAGUCCUGCUAAUCAAUCAAAGCCACAAGUUAUUUCAGUAUCAAGCCAAAUGAUUACAGUUUCUGUUGGUGAUGUGUUAGUUUCUGGAGUACAUGCUCAUGUUAAUUUGGUUCAAAGAAGGUUCUUAUGGUCUGAAAUGAAGCUAAUAAGUGAUUUAAACAAACCAUGGAUUAUACUUGGGGACUUUAAUGCAAUUUUAUCUCAAGAUGAGAAAAUUGGUGAUAAAUCUCCUAACAGAAAUUCAAUUUUAGAAGUCAGUGACUGCUUAAAUCAGUGUGAGUUAAUCCAAGCUCCUAAAAAUGGGUUGAAUUAUACAUGGUCUAAUAGACAACAAGGAAGUAAGAGAAUUUUGUGUACUUUAGACAGAGUAGUUUUUAAUCAAAAAUGGAUACAAUUGUAUGGGGAUUGGGGGUAUAAAGUUGGUAUGAGAAUAGUGUCAGAUCAUGCUCCUCUACUAGGUGGAUGUGCAAGCAUUCCAAAACCUCAAAAUGUUCCAAGAAUAUUUCAGAAAAUGUGGCUUAGUCAUCCUAAUUUCUUGAAUGUAGUUGCAGAUUGUUGGGCAAAUUCAGUAGUUGGUGAUCCUGCUUUUCGGUUUCUACAAAAAUUGAAGAAUUUAAAUAAGGUUUUAAAUGAUUGGAAUUGGCAGGUGUUUGGAAAUGUUCAUGUCAAAAUAAAAGAAGAUGAAGAUAGAGUUAAAUUGGAUACUCAAAUUUCAUAUAGUAAUCCAUUUGAUGAGGAGGCUCUUCAAGAAUUAGUAAAAGCUCAAAAUGAUCAUGCUAGUAGAGAAGCUCAAGAAAAUACUUUAUUAAGGAAAAAAUCCAGGGUUAAAUGGAUUAAAGAAGGAUGA